AAAUAUGAAAAAUAUGGGGCGAAGAUGAGCUCCGCUGUUGAGAGGUACCGCAAGGAGAUUGCUGGCCUAGAGACUUGUGCAAGCGGUCGCAUCACCCCAGCCCUUCUCUCGCCAGUACGCAUAGAACUUCCAGGCAAAGGAGAGAACCUUGUGAAACUCGAGGAAGCGGCCACCAUUGGCGCUCGAGACGGCCCAACCUUGAUUAUUAUGGUGUUUGGGGAACAUAACACUGUGGCCCUAUACGCCGCAAAUAUACUAAAUAACUUUCCUCAAAGGCAGGAUUCCAGGACAGUCAAAAUCCCUAUACCUAGGUCGCUCACUUCGUCUGCACACCAGCGCACACUGGAAAUACUUUGCCUUCAGCGUCGUCACAAAAUCUGA